CUGCGCAGGUCUAGCGGGACCAGCCGACUGCUGCAGGGACCUGCGUAGCUGCGCUGGUGGGCUGGGGGCCGGGAGGCCUUUAUGGAGGGGCCGCAGGCCGCUGCGGGUGGGGCUGUCUCCCUGCACAACUUCAGCGCGAGGCUAUGGGAGCAGCUGGUCCACUUCCACGUCAUGCGGCUGACGGACUCGCUCUUCCUGUGGGUGGGAGCCACGCCGCACCUGCGCAACCUCGCCGUGGCCAUGUGCAGCCGCUUUGAUUCCAUCCCUGUGUCUACCUCCCUCCUUGGAGACACUUCCGACACAACCUCCACUGGCCUUGCCCAGCGCUUAGGAGGGCACAUCCACGCCCACAUGGUACCACCACUGUCUCAGGGCCAGCAUGUUCCUAGGAGACUCCCAUGUUGUGCCUUGGUUGCUUCCCAAGCUGAUGAGUGACAGGUGCUUUAGCUUCCUUCUGUAAGCACAUCACUCCUCAUGGGGGGAGAGUGUGAAUGAUGCUCACAGUGUGCAGUAGGCAGUGGCUGCAGGUAACCUCCUGGGUCUUUUGGGGAUUCAGUGGAGCCUGCGGAGCAGUUUGCCAGCACUGUGCACGAGGGACUGUCCUUCACUCCCUGUAAUAUCAUUCAGAAUUCAGAAGGGAGGCUGGCCUGGCCUGCAUGUGGCACGGAGUGAGUGUUAAGCAAGAACAUGAGGUUGAAGGAUCCACCAUCCCCUACGUCCCCAAACACUCACUUCCUAUAAAUAUCCAGGCAGUUCAGGUAAGAGCAGCAUGUGUUCUGCCCCCCUGCUAGUGUGUGCAGUCACCUGUCAUCACAGAGUGUGCAGGGACCUGGGACAGUGCUCCCUUUCUCUGCCAACUGCUUUCUGAGGAGACACAUUUCAUCCAGGAUACUCCUGCUUGGCAGUUCAUUCAGUUCUCAAAUAACUAGGGCAGCCUCUGUCUCCUCUUCAGUCUUCAUGGACGCCAGUGUUCCCAGCCUGUUCAGUUAGAGAGCUAGUCAGAGGCCCAGUGUCCUGGUGCUGAGGGUAUACGGGGAAUGAGGCCCAGCCCCUAUAUUUUAUCCAGUAGUUAUGUUGAGAUCCUGUCCAUGUGAUCCCUGAUCCAUGGGAAUGUGUAUGUCAGUCACUCUGGAAUGCACCCACGCAGCUCAUGUGGAGCGUGGGUCAUGGUCAGGUUGAGGACAGGCCAUGGCAGACCUGCCUCACUGAGGUCUGUGUGUGAGUAGGGUGGGGACCAUGAGGCUGCUGUGGCAGCACUCCAGGACCAUCCACCACUUUUUCUUUGGCCUGAAAUUAGAGAAACCUGACUAGUAAGGUGUUUGGUAACUUACUAGGAAGCAAUUUUAAAUUUAUGGAGAAGUUGCAUAAAAAGAUACAAAGAGUCUCCGCUCAGCCUGCACCCAGAUUCCCGGUUGUCAUCACUCCCUUCUAUGUUCACAUCAUUGUUUUUUCUGAACUGCAUAAAGGUGAGUCGGAGACUCAGCUGCUUCCGCGUGCUCCACUGUGGAUCGCCAGUGUUUAAGGGGUGACCCUACUUUGUUGUAUUGACUGUCGUGUGCCCUGCCUGGUCCUGUGAGGAAACGAGGCUGUUUAUAGUUCUAGAGCCAGGAAAGCAGGUGGACCGCCACAGGGUGGAUGACAGGCUCUGCUAGUGCAGGGUGCUGGGGGCUUGUCUGGUGUGCUGUGAGUCAGUUGUUCUUGCCCAAAAAAGUAAGGUGGCUCAUGGGUGUCCUGAAUGUGGAUGCCUAGUUUGUAUGUAAAAAAACUAGAGGUUUUUUUGUGUGUGUUUUGUCCAAAUAUUGGUGCUUUUUAAAAUUAACAUUUUCCUCACAUGGUUUACAUCAAUUUAUAAUAACCUACAUUAAUUGAAACAAAA